AAGAUCAAUAGUCAACAUACAUGUAGCUCUUAUUUUGUGGGACUAUAUGCAAACCACAUUUGCCGGAGUUAAAUUGCUCGUUACAAGAAUUUCUGGUGCCCCUAAUAAGAUCUGUAAAUUUGGAGAAAAGCUCGAUUCAUCAGAAAAUGCCAACUCUUCAGGUCUUUUCUUCAGUGAUUAGAAAGCAAACAAGCACAGGAUACGAUGGCUUUGAUUAAUUCCCAGAUUUUCACUUCCAAGUGUUACUUCUCAUCACGACAACAAAUAGUUCGAGAUAUAAAGCAAUUUCCUGGUCUCGGCCACAAAUUCCCAUGCUUGGAAAUUUCGAAUGUCAAGCUGAGGUCUGUCACGUCAAAGGAGCGUUUGUCUUUCACAAAUGAUUAUAACUCCAAAAGGAGAGGGAUCAAUGUUUCCACAACAGAGGCAUCACUUUUUAGAACAAGUGAAUUACUGGAUGCUUAUGAAGAUGUAUAUGAUGGGGUUAUAGUAGAUCCUGAAUCCUUGCCUUCCGGUGCCAAUGCAUUUUCAUCCAUUCUUCAAGCUUCAAUUUCUCAUUGGAAGCUAAAGGGAAAGAAAGGAAUCUGGAUGAAGAUACUAGAAGAACAAGCUGAUCUUGUUCCAAUUGCAUUAAAAGAAGGAUUUAGUUAUCACCAUGCAGAGCCAGGCUAUGUUAUGUUAACUUAUUGGAUUCCUGAUGAACCUUGCAUGCUCCCUUUGACUGCUACACAUCAAGUGGGAGUAGGAGCAUUUGUUGUAAAUGAAAAUAGAGAGGCACUUGUAGUAAAAGAAAAGAAAUGCCCUUUGACAUGCUCAGGCAUAUGGAAAAUUCCUACUGGUUUCAUCAAUAAGUCUGAAGAAAUAUCCAUGGGAGCAGUGAGAGAAGUCAAAGAAGAAACUGGUAUAGAGACAACAUUUCUUGAAGUGGUUGCUUUCAGGCAUGCCCACCAUGUUAUAUUUGAGAAGUCAGAUCUCUUCUUUGUGUGCAUGCUUAAGCCUCUGUCAACCGAUAUCACUAUAGAUCAAUGUGAAAUCCAAUCUGCCAAGGUAAGUGAAUAAAUGACAUCUAUCUAUCUCAAUGUUAUUUGUAGAACACAUCCUCUAUGACAUUAGUUUGUUAAUUUUGCAAUUCUUUAGUUAUUUCCAGAGUUGACCCAUGGAGGACACAAUGUAAAAAUAGAACAGAAGAUAAUAUGAUUGUUAGGGUUGGAAAGGCCUACUGAAAUGGGGUAGGCUACUCUGCUUGGACCAAAUUGACUCAAAAAGACCAAUCUUUUUUUGAGUUAUGACCCCAAGCGU